AUGGCGACUGGGAGGGCGACUCGCGUCAAUGCCGUGAACAUCGACGAAGUCGUUCUUGAGCGCCACACCGUGAAGGGUGCAUAUAUAGCCAUGUCUGUUGAUCGUUUUCAAGUGGUGGUCCACCAUAGUGACCACUUUUUUAGUAAUGGGAAAUUGGAAUAUGAUGGGGAAACAACCACGUGGUUCUGUGACCCUGAUACGUGGGGAUAUUUUGAGGUUAUUGCUGGAUUAAAAGAGUUAGGACACGUAUCUGUGAAGGAGUUGUGGUAUAGUUUAGGAGGUGGGACUGUCUUAGAAGAUAGGUUGGAGCUUCUUUGUGAUGAUAGAGGGGCCAGUCAUAUGGCGAACUUAGCAACAUUAAAUGGUGCAGUUCAUUUGUAUGUGGUUCAUGAAAUGACAGAACCUGAGAUAAUCAACAUGAUAGAGGGUGUUGGUAUGGGGGAGGUUGGUCCUUCUGAGGCUGAUGAUGUAGUUAACUGUGUGAAUGAGGCUGAUGAGCAUGGGGCAGCUGAAGUAGUAGAAAAGGAGGGGGGUGAGGGUGAGGAAGAUGUUGAAGCUGAAGUACUUGAAAAGGAGGGGGGUGAGGGUGAACAAGAUGUUGAAUCUGCAGUACUUGAAAAGGAGGGGGGUGAGGGUGAACAAGAUGUUACAGCUGAAGUAGUGGAAGAGGAGAGGGGUGAGGGUGAGCAAGGUGUUGCACCAGAAGUAGUUGAAAAAGAGGGGGCUGAUGAAGGUGAUGGAGUACAAGAAAAUGAAGGUGAGCCUGAAUCAUUCAAUGAGGAAGGUUUGGUUGAUGUAAAUAUUAACAGUGAUGGACAUAGUGAUUCAGAUUGGGAUGGUAAUGUGCCAUGUGCUGUUGAAAGUGCAUCUGAUGGAGAAGGUUGGUACACAGCACAAGAGUUGACUGAUUCAGAUUCUGAUGAAGUAAGGACUGAGGGUGGAGGGUCAGAUUUCGAGUGGUAA